AUGGCUGUCAUAACUCCAGAACUCGUUUCCGAGGGCAUUAGACUCAUCGUUCGGCAGGCCACCGCCCCAGACUCCGCUUCUCCAACAUCUACGGCAUCGUCGACAUCGAGCACUCCAUCUCCUUCCGAUUCGGGCAAUCCAGGACAGGGACAACCGGGUAACGGCAGCUCUGGGGGUAAUAGCAACGGAAAUGGCAACAACGGGAGCUCGCCUCUACUGUUCUUCGUCGCACUUGGAUUCGGAGUCGUGUUUACGAACUUAUGGGCUGUUUGGCUGCACACGGGCCAGGAGGGAUUGGUGGCUCGCUCAAACCGUCAGCGAAUGCUUUGUCUGCCGACGGCCGACGGCCGACGAACCAGCCACCUAGAGAACAAGGACAUUGCGGGAAAUGAACUGGGCCCAAUUGUUGAUCUCAAAUCAUCUACAAAUAGGAUUAUUGUGGGUGUCAAGUACUGCUUCCGAUACAACGCCCGCAAUCGCGCCAUGCGUGUGAACGAGGACGGCGAACCCAUCACCCUCGAAAACAUGCCGCGCCCGCAUCGCCGUCGGCGCGAAAAGAAACUCAUGACCAUGGAUGAGGUCAAUGAAAAGUUCCCGAUGCAAAAGUACAAAAGCUGGGUCGCCUCCAGAGCUCAAGAAGGACUGCCCACGCGUGGUGGCGUCUCUGCUCCACCGAGCAGGGCAAAUAGCGUACGGUCCGUGGAGGGCGUUGUGCCUGUCGAUAAAGAAAGACACAGCAGCGAUCACGAUCGGCCGACGACGAGCGCGAGUGUGUCUGCUCGUGGCGGUAACAACGAGAAUGAGAAGCUUGGAAUGGCCAAUGAGGUGAAGGAGAGCAGUUCGGGAAGCGCGACAGCUGACCCAAAGGAUGCCGUUGGAUCUUCACCACAGACGAACGGAACCGAGUCUAAGGCGCAGACGGAUAGGAGACACUCGCAUGACCAAGCUUCCGACGAGGAAGAAGACGAUCACAUCACCGCUGCCAUCCCACCAGAACUGCUCGAAUCAUCUGGAGACACAUGUGCCAUCUGCAUAGAUACCUUGGAAGACGACGACGACGUUCGUGGUUUGACAUGUGGACAUGCCUUCCAUGCCGUAUGUGUCGACCCUUGGCUGACGUCGCGACGGGCGUGCUGCCCACUGUGCAAAGCCGACUACUACACACCAAAACCACGACCAGUUGUGGAAGGUGCUGAGGGCGCUGGUCCAACAGGCGUGGUGACCGUGGUCCUUCCCGACCAGAACGGAAGGAGGAUGAACAUGCCAAGUCGACCAAGUAGCAGUUGGACUGCGUUCAUGACGAGGAGGACGAACACAGGCGGCCAGCAGAUGCAGCAGCAACCUCAGACCUACCAACAUCACCCUCAAACCGCAGCGGCCGGUCCCGACUCUGGUAGAUCUGGGCUGUUCACCCGUUUAAGGGCACAGCGCAAUGACGGCCCCCCGACCAUGAGUGGCGCUACCCAAGAGCAGGCGUCAUCCCAAACCGGGCCAUCGAGCAACAAUGGCGGUUUCUUUGGACGAUUUAGGAGACAACCCGCCUCCGGAGCGGCACAACCGGAGACGUCAGGCGUUUCAGCAGAGGCGACUACUCCGUCCCAGCUUGAGGCGGGAACACAGAACGUUGCUGCUAGGUGA